AAUUCUCAAAUCGGGGAAGUCUAUGCUGCUCUUGAUGUCCCUGAGGGACACAAUAUUUAUGGUACCGGAAAUGUUGAUGAGCCAUUCUACAACUUGCUGCAAGAUCCUGCCCAGGACAAGGAAGAAGGACAACGUUACAGUUGCCUUUCGUUAGACCCAGCAAUGUACCACACCUUAGAAAAACUACAGGUCGAGGACCAAAGAAAUGCUGAGUAUAGCUGCCCUACAGAACCAAUGUACAACGUUUUGGAAGGGCCAACACCUGGAGUCAGAAAUGAAACUGAGAGUUGUGGAGUCAUUUCUGUGAAUGAACCAUUCCACAACACUGUGGAGGAACCCGUCUCGAACGAGGGUCUCUCAAGCGGUAACAAUGACCCUGUCUACAACACUUUGGAGGAUCCUCUUUAUCUCGGUUUUGGCUGUGGUGGACAAAAUGCUCCCACUGGCUUGCAAGACCCUGUGUAUAACGUUCUGGAGGGUCCUGGCGCCGACGUCGUCGAG